CGGGAGGCGGAGGUUGCAGUGAGCCCAGAUCGCGCCAUUGCACUCCAGCCUGGGCGACAGAGCGAGACUCCUUCUCAAAAAUAUCUAAUUAAUUAAUAAAAAUAAAAAUAAACAAGUAAAUAAAUAACCCCAUGCCUUCUGCCUCUGUGGCUUUGCCUGUUCUGGGUAUUUUGUGUGAAUGGACCCAUGCAUGGAGGUGGGCCGGGCACCUUUCAAACGUUCACCCCCACAACGGCCCGUGGCCUCUGGAUUGGACAGCGCGAGCUGAAUGUGCGGGUCGGGCGCCCAAUCGCUCCGGAGCGUCUGGAGGGGGCAGGUGCAGGUGCGGGCGGCGCCAGCUCAGGGGCUGCUGGAGACCCAGGAGGCUCCGACGCGGUGCAGGAAGCUGCCUAUCACGCCGACUCCUGAUCGCUGGCGCCCAUAGCGCCGACAUGGCGGGCUGGUGGCCGGCACUGUCGCGCGCGGCCCGGCGCCACCCAUGGCCCACCAACGUGCUGCUCUACGGCUCGCUCUACUCGGCAGGGGACGCGCUGCAGCAGAGACUGCAGGGCGGCGAGGCCGACUGGCGCCAGACGCGGCGCGUGGCCACGUUGGUGGUGACCUUCCACGCAAACUUCAACUACGUGUGGCUGGGCCUGCUGGAGCGUGCGCUCCCGGGUCGCGCGCCGCGCGCGGUGCUGGCCAAAUUGCUCUGGGACCAGGUGGUCGGUGCACCCAUCGCGGUCUCGGCCUUCUACACCGAGUUAUCACCUGCCCCUCUGUCUCCCUACCCAGCCCCCAGGCCUCCCCACCAAGCCUCCACUGCGCAUGUGCCUUGCAUCCCUCCCCCUCCUGGGUACCAGUAGGCGCUCCCCGGAGCUGGCGGCGGAAGAGAUGGAGCCGCGUCACGGGCGCCCAGCCCCUUAAAACGCUGCUGGCUGGAGCCACCUCCCUCCCUGCAGCCCGCAGCGGGGAUGGAGUAAAGGGAGACCCGUCGACCUGGCCGCGGGGAUCAGCGAUGGAGUUAAAGCAAUCUUUGUCCACCCAUCUGGAAGCCGAGAAGCCUCUGAGGCGCUAUGGGGCGGUGGAGGAGACGGCAUGGAAAACGGAAGGACUGGGGAGAAAUCAGCUGGACAUCAUCUCCAUGGCAGAAGGGGUUGAAGGCAAGCCCGUGACUGUCGCCAGAGGCCAUGGGCGCGGCAGGCGGGCCCGGCCACCCUGUACAGAGUGUAGCAGUAGGGAGUCCCUCACCGUCGCAUGGCCCUCCCCAGAGCAUGCCGAACCCAGGAGUCUGUCUCACUGUUUAUCCAACCACCAGGAAAGGUCCUCCCUCAAAAAAGCGUAUCUCCACUUCUCUCUAGCUGUAUCUAACCCACCGUGUGAAUGAACUGGGAGAGGGGCAUGCUCCCCAGCUGUGUGUAGUUGUGACUUCUCAACAAUCUAGCACCAUGUCGGACACAUCCCCCAUCCACCCUCCUAGCUCUGCUCUCAGGCCUGCCCCACAUGGGCAUAGGUCCCCUCCCCUGUCUGUCCUCUCCCAACAACUGCGCCUGGAGGGCUCCACACAGCCCCUGUGUCUCUCCACCACCUCCUAUAUAGCAUUCCCAGAGACCCAGAGGGCCCAUCUGUAAAGAUCAAGCUUGUGUGUGGCGUCGUGGUCACAUCUCCUGCUUCCCCCCAUCCUGUGUCUGGGCACAGUUCAUAUCAGGACAGUGUCCACUGUGCUCUCAGUCUGCCCCAGGUGUGUGCCUGAAGGGAGCCUGGACUGGCACGGAUCCAGCUUGCAGAAGAGCCAGCAGGGAACUGGAAGCUCUGAGGUCAAGGCCAGGGCAGUUGAGAAUGGGACCCAGAGUAGAUGCUGACCUGGGCACUCCACCACUCCGGGGCCACCACAGAGAUGCCAGCAGGACACCACUUCACCAGCCCGACACAGAGACCUCUGUAAAGAACGGCGACGGGCGGGAGAGGCAGCGUGUGACCAGAUUGUGUCCCGUCUUUGGGUGGCGUAUAUUAACUAGCUGCCAAACACUUCAACCUGUGUAACUCCAUGUACAUUUGCGACAGCCAGCCCGGUACAGCCUGUGUGACUUCUCUGUGUGUGUGUGUGUCGUGACCGGCCUAAGUAGUUAGCAUAACUCAAGAUUCGCUGAUGUGCAGUCACCCAUCAGAGAAAAUAAAAAUGGAAACCACGUUCACGGCA